GAAUCAUCCAUGAUGGAUAAAGGCAAACAAUGGCGUAUAUGGCACUGCUGUUGGAUUGCGCUACCCAUUUCUUUGCUGCUGUGCUACGGGAAACAGGUUUGUGCUCAGAUAAGGUACUCUAUUCCAGAGGAGGUGAAAGUGGAAACCAUUAUAGGAAACAUUGCAAAGGAUUUGCAUCUGGAUGUAAAUACAUUGGUACACAGAGGAUUUCGUAUCGUUUCUGGACCUAAGGACGGUCUUUUCCAAGUAAACCAGAACAAUGGCGUCUUGAACGUACAUAAAAAAAUCGACAGAGAGGAGGUAUGUGACAGCACCAAUCCCUGUGUAUUUAACCUUAAAAUCGCAGUUGACAGCCCACUAGAAAUUCAUUAUGUGGUAGUAGAAAUUACUGAUAUAAAUGACAACGCACCUAGAUUUCCAGAUAAGCAGCAAAGAGUAGAGAUCGCCGAGAGCACAAUACCGGGGGCGCGUUUUCAACUACAAAGUGCGCGCGAUCCAGACAUCGGCGUAUAUUCUGUGCGCUCUUACAAAUUAAGCAAAAACGAACAUUUCGACUUGGAAAUAAAGGAUAGGGAAGACGAAAAGGUACCCUUCCUGGUAUUACAGAAGGCAUUAGAUAGGGAGCGUAGAGCUGAACACGAACUGACUCUGACAGCGGUGGAUGGAGGAAAUCCAUCAAGCUCUGGAAUAUUAAAUGUCACUGUCACUGUUCUCGAUAUCAACGACAAUCGUCCAGUCUUCAGUCAAGAGGUUUACACGGUUCAUUUACAGGAAAAUGUUCCAAUAGGUACUAUAGUGUUGCAAGUAAACGCAACAGAUCUAGAUGAAGGUUCAAACGGAGAGAUCUUAUACUAUCUUGGUAGCAACUUAAAUCGUAACAUAUAUGACGUCUUUUAUUUGGAUUCAGUUUCAGGUGAAAUACGCGUAAAAGGGGAAAUAGACUUUGAAAGCACUGAUGUGCACAGAUUAGAUGUUUUGGCUUCUGAUAAAGGCACACCUCCGAUGACUGUCAAUUGCAGGGUAACUGUAAAAAUUUUAGAUGUGAAUGACAACACUCCUGAAAUAGAAGUUACAUCACUUUCGAAUAUAGUGCCUGAAGAUUCCAAACCGGGAACGGUUAUUUCUUUAAUCAGUGUUUUAGACAAAGACUCUGGUCUGAAUGGGAAAGUUAUAUGUUCUUUGCCACCAAACAUACCUUUUGAACUAAAACCGUCUGUGCAGGAAAACAUGUACUCUUUAAUCAUAAACUCGUAUCUGGACAGAGAGGAGAUUUCUCAUUACGACAUUACUUUAACAGCCACAGACCUUGGUCAACCUAAUCUAACUGAACAAAAAAGUUUGUAUGUCCAAAUAUCCGAUGUCAAUGAUAAUAGACCAGAGUUUCCUCGAAAUCCCAUAGAAUUGUAUCUAAUGGAAAAUAACACCCCAGGUGCUUCUAUAUUUUCUGUCACCGCAUCAGACAAAGACAUAAAUGAAAAUGCAGCUGUCUCGUAUAGCAUUCUUAGAAGAGAUGGUACAAACAACAACAUGCAAUCAUUUCUAAAUAUCAACUCUGAAACCGGAGCGAUUCACGCACUAAUGAGUUUUGAUUAUGAAGUAGCUAAAACUUUCCAGUUUCACGUGCUCGCUAUAGAUUCUGGAACUCCGUCACUAAGCAGCAACGUUACAGUGAAUGUGUUCAUUCUGGAUCAGAACGACAACGUUCCAGUGAUCCUGUAUCCAGUCAGCGUUAACGGUUCUGCUGAAGGUGCCGAGGAGAUUCCCCGCAAUGUCAACGCAGGACAUUUGGUGACUAAAGUGAGAGCCUAUGACGCGGAUAUUGGAUACAACGGCUGGUUAUUAUUUUCGUUGCAGGAAGUGAGUGACCACAGUCUUUUUGGUUUAGAUCGCUAUACAGGACAGAUAAGGACCCUUCGCUCAUUCACAGGAACAGACGAGGCUGAACAUAAACUGGUUGUAAUGGUCAAAGACAACGGUAACGUGUCGCUUUCAGCAACAGCGACUAUAAUCAUCAAACUUAUUGAACCCAAAGAGGCUAUUGCUGCGUCCGAUGUUAAAAACGCAGUAAGCGACGUGGAAGAAAAUAACGUCACAUUUUAUUUGAUCAUUACCUUGGGAUCAGUUUCAUUUCUAUUUAUUAUCAGUAUUAUUGUGCUGAUUGUAAUGCAGUGCUCCAAAUCUACAAACUAUUCAUCCAAAUAUUUACAAGAUACAAAUUAUGAUGGGACACUGUGUCACAGCAUCCAGUACAGAUCUGGAGAUAAACGCUACAUGUUGGUCGGACCCAGAAUGAGUAUCGGAUCUACUUUAGUUCCAGGAAGUUAUGGAAAUACCUUAGUUGUUCCAGAUCGCAGGAGGAGAACUUCAGACGAGGUGAGAUUCAAGCCAAUUCGAUUCAAUUCAAUUUUAUCUUUGAAAUACACACGGCACAUGUCUUCAAAUGCCACAAAUGUCUAA